CCUCUAUCGGGGUCGCCCACUGACCGGCAUCCAUUUUCUACCUAGCGUCUAUUGCCUCCUCUGUUGCCGUGCAAAAAUGGGAAUCCCGCUCCACUGGGAGCCGCCUACUCGCUCCCCCGCUGCCAGCGAUGCCCAUGCUAAACGCGACCCGCUAGCACCCUCCCGCUCCGCUAUUCGGCGCCAACGGACAGUCCGCCGUUCUCACAGGAACAAUAAUGGAUCAAACAGUGCUUCUUCAAAUCGGCCUGGCUAUGUGCCUUUCCGCUCCUCAAUGCCUCAUUGGGUAGAGAACCUUGGUCGCCAAGUGAUUGGGGACGGUACUGCUCCUUCUGGCGCUCCGACAAGAAGUACAAAUACAACCACCAACGAGCCAGGUACCUCACGUUAUGCCUCCCAGGAUAACGAGUCUCGCCUGGACUGGCCUGCUUCCAGCUCAUACUCACCCCAAACGAGACGAGAUCUAGUCGACCGGUUGGCCCGAACCAGUGCCAUACGUUAUUCUUCCCCCAGUCGUCGCAUCAGGAUCCCACGAGAGUCCUCCUUGAGGAUCGAGAUGCUCCAACCGCCUUCGUGGCCUCCUUCAGACGAACCACCCCGCAGGUCGGAGUCGAGCAGUAAUACAACCGCCGAUUCCCGCGUGGACAACCGUCUUGCAGAUAUGGCCUCAUACAGUCCUAGAUUUGCACCGGCUUACCCGUCACAUAGUAAUGAGCGUGCGUUGCUAUCGUCAGAUAGUUACGAUUCUAACAUGCCAUUGUUGCGAAGAGUCGGCCUUCGCUCCAUCGCGGAAACAAACAAUGUAGAUGCCACUCGCCAUCGUCACAUCAUCGAUGGACUUGGCGAUCGCGAUCGUAGCUUUAGCCCUAGCGGCGAAAGCCAUCACGACGACCACGACAACAACGAUCCUGAUGAUGAUGAUGAUGAUGAUGAUGAUGGCGAUGACGAACCUAACAUGUGGGAAUCUCUGUUCACCACCAUCACACCAGAUGAUCAGCUCCCAACCCUCGACUCCUCUUUCACCUCCGCCACCGCAUCUGCCUCCACGGCCCCGUCCCGCAGCUCAGCUAAUUCGUCACAAUUAACUCUCCCUUCCUCUUUGGACUCCAACAAUAUCCAAUCUCGACUGGACGUCCUAGCUCCCCUUGAACCAUUCACAGACCACACCAAUCAUUGCGAUUUCUUCUCAUCGUCCGAAGGCUCUGAUACGGAACCGGAAUCGGACAUGGAGCACGAACCCACCUGGCGACUCUUGGGGCGUACCAACCGUCCAAAUCCCACCCGUUUAUCAGCAUCAAUGGCAGCACUCGAAGAUACCAUCCAAUACCAACAGCAGCAGCAACAGCUACGGCGACAACGAGAAGAAAAUCUACUCGGAAUGACCCGGACCAUCCGAUCUGUAAUCGCAGAGGCAUCCGCAAACCGCAAUACAAACCGCAACACAAACACGGCCUCCCACCCCUCAUCAUCAACAUCCCCAACGUCCCCAACAUCCACCUCUACACCCACAUCCAUCAACAUCUCCUUCGGCCAGAGCAGCUCCAUGGAAGACCUCCAGCAGGUCCAAACAAUCAUCGACCAGCUGACACGCAGGCAAGAUAUUGAUGACGAGUGGUGGGCCGCUGUAGGGUUGUCGCGGAAUUUGGGAAGGGGUGUUACCGAUGUUCCUGCCAGGAAUGGGAAUGAAAAUGAUGGUGAGAGUGGUGGUAAUAGGGAUGCACGGGAGCGAUAACCCGAAUCUAUCUUUUCUUCUUUCCUUUUUUUCCCCCUGAUAUGCUUGUUCAUAUCAUGGGCAAUCAUGGGGUAUGUUUUGAGAAGGGUAUAUGUAUGGCUUUGGGCUAAGGCUUGCAUUUUUGAUUUGGAUCUUGUCAUUUGGUUAUUUAUUUUCUUUUAUCUGGUGCUAUUUUUCGCCUUUUCCAUGGGCUUUGGCUUUUUCUUGUAACAAUGUUUCUUUUCGGGGUAUUUUCUUUUCGCUUUCAUUUUCUGUUACCAAUCGUCGGGUCGUCUUGCUUCCAUUUUCCAUCAAUGUAUUACUUUUGUCUUAUUUCGUUUUGUUCCAUUUACUUUAUUUGUUUUCAGCUUGUGUCGUUGCUCAUGUCAUCUUGUGCUUCAUGCUAGCUAUGGGCAUUUGUCUUUUUGUCAGGUCAGUGCAGUCCAUUAUCAAGGAUAAGGAUUUGAUUUAUAUACAUCAUGGAAGGGGAAUGGGAAAUAAUAAAAGUGGCGUUUUUGGUUUGUCUA